UUUGUGCUGUUCCCGUCUAGAGCUGUAUGCUAAUUGAUCACGCUUUCCAUUCACAUUUUGUUCUUGUUCCUUAGUUUCUCUCUCCUCAUAUACAUAUACACUUUAUAUAGAGAUAGAUAGAAAUGGAAAUAUUGUGAAUAUGUAUACCUACUGUAUACUUAUAUAGAGAGAGAAUCAAGAUUUUUUUUUGAGCAAAGAAUUGUCAGUAUAGAGAGAGAAUAUAUAUAUAGAGAGAGAAGAUUGUGAAGAUGGAUGCGAAUGAUAUAGAAGCUGAAGAAUUGAUGUAUGAAAGGAAGGAGUUGGAGAGGAGUGGAUCGUCAUUCAUGGAUAGAGAAAAUGCUGUGUCGAUCAAAGAACCGCUUCUCAGGCCUAGGAGGAACAAUACCUCUCAGAUUGCCAUUGUCGGGGCUAAUGUCUGUCCAAUUGAAAGCCUUGAUUACGAGAUUGUCGAAAAUGACCUUUUUAAGCAGGAUUGGAGGUCUAGAAGAAAGGUUGAGAUUUUUCAGUAUGUUGUUCUGAAGUGGACACUUGCACUUCUUAUAGGAUUGGCUACAGGGCUUGUUGGCUUUUUCAAUAACCUUGCGGUUGAGAAUAUUGCUGGUUUCAAGCUUCUACUUACUGGCAAUCUUAUGCGUAACGAUAAGUAUUAUCAGGCAUUUGCAACAUUUGCUGGUUGCAACAUGGUUUUGGCAAUUGCUGCUGCAGCCCUCUGUGCUUAUAUUGCUCCUGCAGCUGCUGGAUCUGGCAUACCUGAGGUGAAAGCCUACCUCAAUGGUGUGGAUGCUCAUUCUAUUUUGGCCCCAAGUACCCUGUUUGUUAAGAUAUUUGGUUCCAUUUUUGGAGUUGCUGCUGGAUUUGUUGUGGGUAAGGAAGGACCCAUGGUACACACUGGCUCUUGCAUAGCCAACUUACUUGGACAAGGAGGUUCCCGCAAGUACCAUAUCACUUGGAAAUGGCUCAGAUACUUCAAAAAUGAUAGGGAUCGACGGGAUCUGAUCACCUGUGGAGCCGCCGCUGGUGUGGCUGCUGCCUUCCGCGCCCCGGUUGGUGGAGUCCUCUUUGCACUUGAAGAAGCAGCUUCAUGGUGGCGGAGUGCUCUUCUUUGGAGGACAUUUUUUACAACAGCUGUAGUUGCUGUGGUGUUAAGAUCGCUGAUAGAAUUUUGUCGGAGUGGAAGAUGUGGGCUAUUUGGGCAAGGAGGACUGAUCAUGUUUGAUGUCAAUUCGGGAGUGCCCACUUACAGCAUCCCAGAUCUAUUAGCAGUUAUAUUACUUGGAAUUAUUGGAGGCAUUUUUGGAAGCCUUUACAAUUAUUUUGUGGAUAAGGUUCUUCGUACUUAUAGCAUCAUCAAUGAAAAAGGUCCUGCAUUCAAGGUCCUGCUUGUCAUGACCGUCUCCUUUCUGACCUCUUGCUGCUCUUUUGGCCUCCCAUGGCUCGUCAAGUGCACACCCUGCCCUGUUGGCUUGGAGGAUGAAUGCCCCACCGAAGGUCGUUCUGCAAACUACAAAAAUUUCCAAUGUCCACCAGGCCAUUACAGUGACCUCGCUUCCCUCUUUCUCAACACCAAUGAUGAUGCCAUUCGCAACUUAUUUAGUUCUGGAAAUGAACAGGAAUUUCACUUCUAUACUCUUUUUAUUUUCUUUGUUGCUAUAUUCUGCCUCGGUAUUAUUACUUAUGGCAUCGCUGUUCCUUCUGGUCUCUUCAUUCCUGUCAUACUCGCUGGAGCCUCCUAUGGUCGACUUUUGGGGAGCCUCAUUGGGUCUAUGUCUAAUCUUGAUAUUGGUUUCUUUGCCCUCCUCGGUGCUGCCUCCUUCCUUGGUGGCACCAUGAGAAUGACAGUAUCCCUUUGUGUCAUACUCCUUGAACUUACUAAUGAUCUAUUAAUGCUCCCAUUGGUGAUGCUAGUUCUCCUUAUUUCAAAAACUGUGGCUGAUAGUUUUAACAAGGGCGUCUAUGACCAAAUAGUGAUUUUGAAAGGUCUGCCUUAUAUGGAAGCCCAUGCUGAACCAUACAUGAGACACUUGGUUGCAGGUGAUGUUGUUUCUGGGCCCUUGAUAACAUUUUCCAGCAUUGAGAAAGUGGGUAAUAUAUUACAUGCUCUAAGGCUAACAGGGCAUAAUGGGUUUCCGGUGAUAGAUGAGCCACCUAUUACAGAUGCAGCAGAACUUUGUGGGCUUGUUUUGAGAUCUCACUUGCUUGUUUUGCUUAAAGGAAAGAUGUUUACAAAGCAGAGGGUGUUGACUGGAACCGAAAUUUUAAAGAGGUUUAACGCAUUUGAUUUUGCAAAGGCCGGAUCAGGAAAGGGGCUCAAGCUGGAAGAUUUGGACAUUAAGGAGGAGGAUAUGGAUAUGUAUGUUGAUCUUCAUCCCAUCACUAAUACUUCCCCGUAUACGGUGGUGGAGACAAUGUCUCUAGCGAAAGCAGUAGUUCUGUUUCGGGAGCUUGGCCUUAGGCACUUGUGUGUGGUGCCAAAGACACCUGGGAGGCCUCCGAUUGUAGGUAUUUUGACGCGUCAUGACUUUGUGCCGGAGCACGUUUUGGGACUCUACCCACAUAUCAAACACCACAAGUAGCACAAGUAACAAGACAACUCAUUGUUACCAUUGUCUAUUCUUACAGUAGCAUUAUCUAGCUAUCAUGUGCCAUCCUUUUGUAAUUACAAAUUAUACACCUUUUUUAUUGCUUAUAAUUUGAGGGACUGCUUUGAGGAAACAUUUUAAACGUAAAAGUAGGUCAAGAUGCAAGCAUUGUAUGUUCUUAUUCCAAAUUGCAUUCGUCGACUUUGUCAUGUACAGGUAAAACUAGCAAUCUUAUAUUGCGGAUCUGUACUUAAAUUUUUGUUCAGAUUUUGGGUUGAGUCUAUGUAUGAAUCCUCUAUAAAGUCUGAAUAGUUCUAAGCAAUGUCAUAUGGACAGGUUCUAUGAAAAUGUGAAAUCCCAUUUUCUCUGUGAA